UGCCAGGCCCUCAAAACCGAACACACCGAUGAUAGUCACUGGCAUUUGGAUGAUGCUGCGUUAGACAAUGCUACGGUGCAGAACUACGACGCACACAUGCCACUAAGGUGUGACGAUGGAUACUGGUUAAAACCUUCGUCGACCCUUGGCAACCCACAGAGAACCCAGGCAGUGGAGUGCGGAAUAAACGGGACCUGGACACCCGCUGCAAACUGCGUUAUGAUAACUUGCCAGGCCCUCAAAAUCGAACACACCGAUGAUAGUCACUGGCAUUUGGAUGAUGCUGCGUUAGACAAUGCUACGGUGCAGAACUACGACGCACACAUGCCACUAAGGUGUGACGAUGGAUACUGGUUGAAACCUUCGUCAACCUUUGGCAACCCACAGACAACCCAGGUAGUGGAGUGCGGAAUAAACGGGACCUGGACACCCGCUGCAAACUGCGUUAUGAUAACCUGCCCGGCCCUCAUGACCAAGCACAGCGAUGCUUGUCACUGGCACAUGACUAAUUCUACGUUAAGCAAUGCUACGAAGAUGACUUAUGACGCAAACGUGCAACUCAAGUGUGACGAUGGAUACUGGUUGCAAAACACGUCAACCCCUGGCAAACCAAAUACAACCCAAAGAGUGAAGUGCAGAUUAAACGGGGACUGGACACCCGCUGAAGACUGCUCUAUGAUAAAUUGCGGUAAAUUUACUAUCGACAACCAAAACUCAAAGAAUGCACAAAUAACAUGGCAUAGUGGAACCCUCUUUGGAGAUGUCACUACUGUAAAUUGCGAUGGCGGAUACAGAAUCGUGGGACCAAACGUGAACAAACAUGUAUCGGAGAAUAUAACGUGUGGUUCCGAUGGCCGUUGGGGAAAAACGUCUGGCUGCGAACCAAAAGAUUGUGGAAGACCUUUUGAACCAGACCAUGGCUGGGUGAAUAUCUCGAAUGGAACCGCUGUAGGAAACACGGCCACUUUCUACUGUGAUAUUGGCUACACUGUAGUCGGAAACAAUAAAACAACAUGCCUUAACAACAACACCUGGAACCGUCCGACACCAGAGUGCAAAGUCAAUGAUUGUGGCAAUCUGACGCAACCGCAACACGGACACGUGGAUACCUCUAACGGAACAACAUAUCUUUCGGUCGCCGUGUACUCGUGUGAGGUUGGAUACACGCUGCUCGGAAAUGCAUCCCGUCUUUGUUACGCAAACAAGACAUGGAGUGAUCUACCACCGACAUGCAUAAUUAAUAAUUGUAAAGAUGCGAACCCCAUCUCAAAUGGUUACUACACCCUUUUAAACGGCACAACGACAUACCAGUCGACGGUUCGGUAUUCGUGUGACGCGGGGUAUACACUGUACGGUACCGACAUUAGACGUUGUCUUGCCAACAGUAGCUGGACACCACUUGAUGUCAACUGUACAAUUAAAGACUGUUUUGAUAAAGUUUUGCCCGAGUUCGCGAAUGUAACUUUCUCGAACGGAACAUUGUACGAGUCCAUAGCAACUGUAAAAUGUAAAGAUGGAUACAGAAUACUCGGUGGUAACAAUAACUGGUUAACAGCGGAAAAUAUAACGUGCACUGCCUUCGGCAACUGGUCUGAAUAUGAUGGUUGUGAAAAGAAAGACUGUGGUAAAAAAGAGUCAUACGAUAACGCUUUUGUGCUCUGGAAAAAUGAGACCUGGUUUGAGUCUUCGGUAAUAGUUCAGUGCGCUGAAGGAUAUCGAAUAAACGGUAGUCAUAACAAUAACGUUACCAAAGAAGAGAUAAAAUGCCAGGCGGAUGGUCAUUGGUCGACAUCACAGGGAUGUAUCAAAAAAGAAUGUCCAACGGAUAUCGAAGUUGAUCACGGUCAUGUAACAUAUUAUGGGCAACUGUACCGUGACAUUGCCUCUAUAAGAUGCUCCCCGGGCUAUAGAAUUAACGGAACGAAAGGCAACAGCAUCGUCAAUCAAACUGUGAAUUGUCAAUCGACGGGCAGAUGGCAACUUCCAAGUGGUUGUGUACGAAAAGAUUGUUUAGAUAAAGAACAACCCUCUAAUGCGAGUGUUAAUUACUUGAACGGUACCCUUUACGAAGCAAUAGCAUUCAGCACAUGUCGGGAGGGUUACCGUAUCAAAGGAAGAAACACAAAUGUCAAUGUAUCGGAGGAAAUACAGUGUCUGGAUACGGGAUUAUGGUCUCCAGCAUUAGGAUGCGAACGAAAAGACUGCGGAUCAGCGUUAACCGUAAACAAUGCGAAUGUCAGCCUCCAACCAUCUGGCAAUACUUUAUACGAGGCCCAUGCCACUGUCACAUGCCUUACCGGGUAUCGGCUCUACAGACAUAAUGACAAUCAUCAAAUCGAUGAACAAAUCCAGUGUCUCUCAAACGGAUCCUGGAAUCUUUCAUUGGGAUGUGAACGGAAAGAUUGUGGAAAUGAGUUUAGCCAAACAAAUGCCAACGUGACAUUUCCGAAUGGCACAAUGUAUCAGUCAACUGCCCAAGUGCAGUGUAUUGACGGGUACCGUCUACAGGGCCAAAACGACAACAGUAAAACGUUUGAACACAUUCCAUGCACUGAUGGCGGCCAUUGGGACGUGUCACAUGGGUGCGAAAAAAAAGAAUGUGGAAGACCUCAUGACAUCAACAACGGAAAAGUUACGCGUGGACCUUGGACGUUUGAGAGCACUGUGAACUAUAUCUGUAACACUGGCUACCACACCGUCGACGUAACCACACUAAAGUGUAACAGCAGUGGUCUUUGGGAUAAUAAUCCGCCAAACUGCACUGAUAUCGAUGAAUGCAACAACCACGAUCAAAACCACUGUCACUACUACUCCGACUGCACAAAUACUCCGGGAAGCUACACGUGCAAGUGUAUCGAGGGUUAUGAUGAUCUAGACGGUAACUUAGGUCGAAGGUGUGAAGAUCACAACGAAUGCGAGGACCCUCCAAAUACCCAGUGCAGUUUCUGGCUCAACAAAACGCGCGCAUGCGUGAACUUGCAGGGUGGCUAUAUUUGUAUAUGCAACAAGGGAUGGAACGGCACCAAAUGUGAUAAUGAUAUUAAUGAAUGUUUCGAACCACAUCCAUGUGGUGAACAUGCUCAUUGUACAAACCUUUUUGGAAGUUAUAACUGUUCAUGCCCGCCUCAAUACCCGCAGGGUAACGCUUUCCUUGGCUGUUUUGAGCCUGUGAUUAUAUCCUUUGAAACAAACGGAACAAGAUUCAAUGGUGACAACGAAAUCUUAGAUACAUUUCAAAUACCCAAUAGGUUUCCGUACUUUGGAACAUACUACACGUUAUUCAGGCCAAGCAUGGAUGGAUUCCUCGCCCUCGACUUCCAGCCGCUCUACAAUCAAUAUGGGGGCGAAACUCCCAGCGAGUGGACAGCUGCGAUUCAGAAGCAUAUCGUCAUUGCCCCGCUAUGGACAAACAUUGACAGCAGAAAUAUAUCUAAUGGUGGUCUGUGGGUCCAUGUAUUAACUGAGAGAGACAAGGCUGACGUUGUACAAAUCCAAGACCUCGUUCGCCAAUACACCAAUCAGUCUGAGUUCAAUGUCAGUGUUGCCUUGGUUGCCACAUGGAAACACGUGACUGUCCACUCGCCAUACGAACCCGGAUAUGAACUCGUCAAUCAUCAGAACCUUUCGAUGCAGGUCAUUUUAGUGACAGACGGUAUGUACACAUACAUUAUGUUCAACUACGACAGGGAACAGUUCAGCAUCAGACCAUUACCAGAAGUACCUGUUGCCAGUGGUUACACGCAUUUGGACUAUUCCGCAAACGUUCUGUCUACCAGAAACAACUUUACAAAUCUAAAUAAGGAAUCCAACGUGAACCCAGAGUUCCCCGGCCGAUGGCUGUUCAACGUGACAACUAUAACCGCAUCAAUGUGGAAUGAGACUAGAUGUUUGCAGUUCGUGAAGGAAAAUAACAGCACAUUAAAGAGCUGGAUUACAGAACAGCUUGUCUAUGCAUUACCCUGUCCCUGUCAAGAGGUGCUCAUGCUGGAGGAUUACACGUUUACUCGUAAAGAUGAGAUAUUACCGGGAAUCGGAACCAAGUUCACCCACACGACAUGCUACGAGUCCUGGUUCUUCAGCGCCUACGGGAUCAAACAGAGAUGCUGCUACAUGUUCAGCAAACUGCAGUCUCAGUAUCCGGGGGCUGUAGCCGCGGAGUUUGAGAACUCCACCAUUGCAUCACUCCUCCAGGAUGGCUACUAUCAGUGCUGCUCCCCUGACGGCAGCAAAAAAUACUGUCACUUGUACCAGCAGAUCAACCCUCCUGAUGACUGCUCCAGAUACACAAUCAGCGAUGAGCUACCACUGGAGGACAAGAAAGACUAUCCACAGAUUGAAGACGUGGCGGUGGAUGUGGAAAAAUUAGCGACCAAUCCUCGAAAUAGGGUCUUGAGAAAUGUACAAAGUGAUGGUGACCAGAGGAAACCUGAAUCAAAUGUUAACAGUUUUAGCAACGAUUCAAUGUUUAUUGGUAUGUACAGAAAUCUGAAAAAGAUGUUUGGGUUCGGAUAGAGAACAAAAUAUGAUUACCCGAAGUUCAUCAUAUUAUCUGAAAUGAAGUGACAUGUUAACCUGCUUCAAAAUGCGUAUGUUGUUGCGUGUUUGAUUGAUGUAAUUUAUGUCGCGUUUGUUUUUUCUCAUACACAUUAUUGUUACAUACCAUUAGCACAUGUUUAACUAUUGUGUGUAUUGUGAGAUGAUGAGAUACCUGGGUUUACGUAGUCAACAGAAAAGGAAGUCGUAUAUAUAAUGAAUUCUCAAGUUCAAAACGUCUUCGCCCUUCAGCGAAUUCAAUUAAUGGAGUUGGAUUGCGAAAUAUACUCUUAUAACACCAUAUCCGAUAAUGCCAUAUUGUCAUGCCAAUAAAAUAAUAUAUGUUUCGAUUCUGAAAGAGAACGAUAAAUUAUGUACCCUACGGUAAUCAUAUUACAUAAUGUACUUGACAUAAAGUGACAUUUUAAGGUAUUGCAUAAUAUGUGUCCUGUUGCAUUUUAGUGUGACAUAAUUUGUGUCGUGUUUCACCUGUCAUUAAUAUUUCGUAACAUACCUUAAGCACGUGUUUGAAAUCUUAUUGUAUUGCGUGAAUUGUGUGGUAAUGAUAAAAUAUAUUAACAUUAUGUGUUAACGUAUUCACCAGAAAAGGAAGUCAUAUAUAAAAAGUAUUUACACUUUUGAGAAUUCAAUACAUAUUGCUCCAUUUAGAUUGGCAUUAAACAAUAAACUUUAGUUCGGGCGAUAAACACGUAGUCAUGUUGAUCGUGAAGUUUGUAAGUUUAAGGGUAUUUACAAUAGUAUGCCUCUCUUUAAGAGCCUUUAACGUAAAAUAACGCUAACCAAUGGAGUUUAUCAGCCUACCAAAGGUUUACUGGUAGACGUGAGUCACCCGAGAUGGUUUAAAUUUAUAACGGCACACAUUUCGUUGUCAUAUUUCUGAUCUAGUAGCUUAAAAUGCAACUUCUAAAAAUAGUAACCUUCUGUAAUUGUGUAUU